GCAAGCAUUAUUCAGUGUUGGUAUAGAAUGUUUAGAAGAAAGAUGGGCUUGUAGUACGAAUGAAGAAAAAAAGGCUUCGGUCUAAUAUUAUUAUAUUUUCAAAAUCUAAACGGGUGUCACCAACGGAAUUAAGCCAUUCUAUCAACAAAGGAUUUGGAAAUUAUUUAGCUUUUUGAAUCAAAAUUAAAGAAAAAAUCAGUAACAAUGUUGGAUACAUUUGUUGACCAGUCUCCCAGUUUUAUUAAUAGGUUAUCACCGCCUAGACCCACUACGCUCAUGAUCGAUAAUGGACAGGAAAUGGAAAUGGACACUGACUUUAGGGAUUGCGAAAAUAACCAAAUACUCAAUCAUAACAACUCUAACAAAAACCUUCAAAGAAAUAGAAAGAAGAAGAAACGCGCUGCUGACAUUCCAGUAAAAAAGUUCAACGACCUAUAUGAACCUACAGGUGAAAUAUUGGGAAAUGGUGCUUAUGCCUCAGUACAAACAUACAGAAACCUUGAAAACCAAACAGAAUAUGCUGUAAAGAUUAUUGAAAAAGAUAAUGUCCGUUCGCGUAGCAAGGUGUUUAAAGAAAUUGAGAUCUUCCAUGUUUGUCGAGGGGAGGACAGCAUCCUUCAGAUGUUUGAGUAUUUCGAGGAGGAAGAAAGAUUCUAUCUAGUCUUUGAGAAGAUGCCUGGUGGAACAUUACUCGCCAAUAUUGAACAGAGGGGCCAUCUCUCAGAGCUGGAGGCUAGCCAGAUUGUCAAGUGUAUCGCACAAGCUCUUGACUUCCUCCACAGCAAAGGAAUUGCUCACCGGGAUCUCAAACCUGAAAACAUUCUGUGCGAGAAGUGGGAUGAAGUUGUACCAAUUCGUAUCUGUGAUUUUGACUUAGCAAGUGGCAUUCCAAUCAGCAAUGAGAAGGAUUCUUGUAAAACCCCAGAGCUUCUAACACCAGUUGGUUCAGCUGAAUAUAUGGCACCAGAGGUUGUAGAUGCCUGGGUGGGCGAGUCAUUCUCUUACGACAAAAAAUGUGAUUUGUGGAGUCUUGGAACUAUCUUGUACAUCAUGUUGUGUGGCUAUCCCCCUUUCUAUGGACAAUGUGGAUCAGAUUGUGGUUGGGAACGUGGUGAAAUGUGCUCCAACUGUCAGGAGAUGCUCUUCACUACUAUACAGGAAGGCAUAUACGAGUUCCCUGAAGAGGAAUGGAGUUCUGUUACCGAGGAGGCUAAGGAUCUCAUCCGUAACUUGCUUGUUCGAGAACCAAGCAAGCGUUUCUCUGCUGCCCAGGUGCUGAAACAUCCUUGGAUCACUAACCCACCAGAGGCCACUCCACUAGCCACUCCAAGAAUUCUUACAAGGAACAAUAGUACAAAAGAUCUAGAGUCAUUUGCUGAUGCAGCCAUUUCUAUAAAUCGUAUGAUGCAGCAACAUCUUAUUCUUUCUGAACCGCCAAAGUUUUAUAUCAGGGAAGAGAUGGAUGCAUUUGACGAAGGUUUGGAGAGCGAUGAAAUCCAAAACGACGAACUUGAUGAUGGUUUUGAUGGUCCAAUGUUUCGACUUUCACCUCCAUGCUCUAGCCUUGCCAUGCGCAGGCAACCGCUUGAGGCGCGUAUCAGCAUUGGAUCAUCGGGAUUUGAAAGCGGCAGCUCUUUGCCUAAUUCACAGUCAUCAUCACAUGGAAUAAUGUUCUAAACAACUAUGAUAUAUAUAUAUAUAUUUGAAAGGGAAACAUGACCUUUAUGAACUUUGUUCCACAUAUCUUGUCAUUCAUCUCAUUACACAUUCUCAUUUAACGUCAUACCUCAAAUAUAAAAAAAAAACUACUUUGAAAAAAAACUGCAGUACGUCAUACAAAAAUGCUGAGGAAGAAAGAAUUUCAUUGGUCAUGAAGUGGCAUCUUCAUUAUUGAUGUAAUUUUGUGCAGUAUUUUUGUGGCAGGCUUACAGGGCAGUAUAAGCUCAAGGAACUCCAGUCCGACACAGCUAGUGAACGGAACUGAACAGUGUGCUAAGGACAAAGUGUUGAACAAAACUUGUGCUACCAAAAACGUUCAAGGAUCCAUUGGCAAUGUGAUUUGUCAUCAGUUAGUGCCUAAGGAUGGAGAAAAAAGAUGGAGAAAACUGGUGCAGUUUUUUAUUAAAUGUUUGUUUUAAACAUGCGCUGUCAAAACAGUGUUGAUAAUACGAAAAGUCUUUCAGAAUGCCUUAAAUAUUGAAGCAUCUUAGGGGAAAGUAAAGUGUACGAAUGUAACUGUGAUACCUAUAGAGUUGACCAUAUUCUAGCAUUCAUACGCUCAUUGUCACAUUACAGAGAUUUUCUCAUUCAUUUUCACAUGACUUAGCUAUUUUUUUCGACUUUUUUAACUAAAUAAGCCAAAACAGUGCAGAAGAUCAAGAAAAGACAACAUAAAAAAUCACUUGCCAUUAAAACAUUUAUUUUUUAAGGGUUAAUAAAGGUAUUACAGUUAUAUUUUUUGACCACUUGAAUAUAGUGAGAGUCUUAAAGUGGAUAAUGUUGAUGAUCAUGCAAUAAAAUGGGUCGUUCCAAGAUUUGUCAUCAACUGGUAAAGCUAUUCUCAGUAUUUCAUGUGUAAAUGUUCACUAUAAAUGAAGAUGGGGGGUGGGGGGUAAAGAACCCAAACAAAUUUUAUUACAUUGUUAUUUACGUUUCUUUUUCAUGUUUUUACAGAUCAUAUUUGUUAAAUGUAUUUUUUUUGUUUGUGUGUUUUUUACAUUUUUAUAAUGCUGGCAGAAAGUCAAUAUCAAUGUUAUAGCAUCCUUUUUCACUACAGUAGCUUAGGAAACGUGUCUUUAAAUACAUUUGGUUUUAUAUUUUUAGAGGUCCUGGAAACUUUUAUUGAAUAUUUUAAACAAUCAUAAACCAACAAUACUGGUAAAAUUAUGUACGCUCAGAAAUAUCAAAUGUUAUUAUGAAACUGGUUAACAAGACUUUUUUAAAUAUUUUAAAGUAUUUCUCUGGUUAUAUUUAGAUAUUACUAAACUUAUAGGGCAUUGUAUGUUUUUAUGACAGUCAUUUGUUUAAACUUCUUACAUAUUGAUUUCAUUACGUACUUAAUGAUAAGAGAAAAGGAUUUUUAAUAGUAUCGUUCUCAAGCUUUUUUUCUCUCAGUAAUCUAGGGAAAUCAUCAUUAGCUAGCAGGGAAACUUUAUGUUGUUGUGUUCUUGUCUAAGUUUUUAUAUGUUUGUUUUGUGAGAUUUAAUUGAUAGGACUGAAUGGGAAAAUCUUGUUUAUUUAUAUUUUUGUACGGUAUUGAUAUAUCAAAAUUUAGUUUAAAAGAAAAACCUUUUCGGACAAUUCUAACAGAACUUAAUUUUUAGUUAGCAGUUUAUUAUUAGUUUCUUGUAAAUGGUUACAAAUACAUAGUUUCAUAUGUUUUCAUUUCCAAGAUUUUUUUUUUUUUUUUUAUGUAUAAGAUGUUAGAAUGUAUGUCUAAAUGAUCUCAGAGAAGUAAGGACUGAUGAUAUAUUCUAUAACAAAAUAGAUCACUGUUCAAACUUCAUUAUGAAAGGGGUGGCAGUACUGUGAUAUGUGACGCUAAACGAUAAAAUUUUGAUGAAAAAGAAAAUUGGGUGUUUAACUGGAGCCUCUGGCCAAAUAUUGUGUGUUUUAGUCUGAGAACAUGAUGUGUUCAAUUUGUGAAAAAACGUUUUGUUGUAAUAAUGUGUCGACACUGUGUUCAAUUUUAUGAACAUUAUGCUGCUAUGUUUGAGGUUUAAACAAAUUUUCUGAACACAUAGUGUGCAGUGAAAAAUACACAGUAUUCUGGUCAUCGAAGAAUAGACUCAAAUGAUUCCAACUCUGUGAUUGAAUAUAUAAGACAAAUCGAUAAAGAAUUGAAGUGCCCGUCAUAUAUACCUCGUUGUUUUCGUGUCUUAGUUUUAAUUUAGUUAAAUUGAUUUUUAUAAGGGAAAAAAUAAUCUGUGGAAUACUUGAGAUUAUUAUUGAAACAAUUUUUUCUUUCUUUUUUUUUUCUUUUAGUAAUUUUAUUUAUAAUAUAGCCAUCUAAGCAAAUUUUUUGUUAUUAUUUUUCAAAUUCUUUAAAUUUGAGGUUGUAAAGCAUGUAAUAAAUUUGGAGAUAACCUUCACUAGUCAGUAUAUUAAGUGUUUAUUUUGAGGGAAUAUUGCAAGGGGACAUACUGCUUGUGCUUCCUACAGAUUAUAAUGUUCAUGUUUUAUAACUGCACAUUUGUCAGAAUGUCUGGUCUAUAAAUGCUUAUGUGACAAAAAAGUGUUCUUGUAUUGAAAAAAAUAUGUUUUCUUAAAUAUCAUUCAUGACUAACUUAAAUCGCUUAGAUAUAUUUAGAAAAUAAUUACUGAAAAUAUAUAAAAAAGGUCAUCAAAAAAAAAAGUGAUUAAAAAACUGUCAUUGUUGUAAACAUGAAGAUGUAGAUUUUGAAACACUCAGCAAAUGUUCAUUAUAAUUUGUUAUUUUAAAAGGGCAUGUGAUCUUUUUAUGUUAUGUUUUUUGAAAAUUGUUUGAAUUCAUGUUAAAUCCAGGUGUAAACUAUUCUAGACAAGUGUAUUACAGAGCUAAGAAAAUAACAUUGAGGAAAAAAAAGUAAUUGAAUAACUAAAGGUUCUUUGUUAAUACAUUUUUGUCUAGUAUAGUUUUCCUUAUGAAAUCUCUACAGCAGUACAUUGGGUAUAGAUAGUUGAUCUCAUGUGUGGAUAAUGUGUUCUAAGAAAUCCAACAUUCCAUGCACCUGUGUUCAUAUUUUUGUACUAAGAGACUGAUACCAUCUGGUAAAAGAUGUAAAACAAAUAUGUAUAUGAACUUUGGGGUUUUGGAACUAAUUUUAUUUUGGGAAAAAUAUACAGUUGCCAAUGUGAUUGGAGUCUUCAGUUCUGUAGAAAAGCUAAAAUUUAAAUUUUUGUUUUCAAAUUUGGAGUAAUGGUAAUGGUUACAAACAUUCUGAAGAGUAUAAUAGAACUUGAGACAUAAUUGCAUGUCGUGUGUUUUGUCUUGUAAAGUUAAAUAUCUGCUGUAGAGUCAGUCUGUCUUGAGGUUUGGUCUUCAGUAACACUUUUGUUCGGAUAUUUCGCAGCAGGAACCAAAUGGGAACCAAACUUCAAGACAGGCUGUGAUGGUGAAGGUCUGAAUUGCAUUCCACAAUUGCAUAGCUCAAAAUGUUUUUAAAGUGUGCUACAUUUUUAUGUUAACUGAAUUACUACAAUGUUUUUUCAGUGAAUGGGUUUUAUUAUGCAGGGGCACAGGAAAGCCCAGUAUGCUCUUUAGCCAGAGAACCAUUGGUUUAUUUAUUUUAAUUUUUUUAGCUUAUUACUAAAAUAUGUGCAGAACAACUUAGAAUUGUGAUACAGUAAAGUGAAGAAAAGCUCUGUAACGAAAACAAACCUUCUCUGGCUAGGGAAACAUACUAACAUGUGUGUGGUUUGCAAUAUUUUUUGAUAAGAAUCAAGAAAAAAUGGAAUAGUUCAAAAUUUUCUACUUUUCGGAAUUUAGUAGAACUAUUCGAAAAAAAAGUGCAAUAGAAGUAAAAAAAAAAUCAUCAGAAGGAUGGCUUAUAUUUUAUAUUUUGAAUAAGGAGAUGAAGUAAAGGUUGUUUUCACCAUGAUUAAUGGGAGAUUAUUUUGUUUAUACUGUUAUACUGGGGGCAAUGGUUAUUGUAAAUAGUAUAUGACCUAUUUAGAUUACAAGUAAAUUUUUCUUACAACAUAUGUACAGAGACCAAAUUGAUCAAAGUACAAACAAUGUCUCAGUAAAACAGUAUGAGUAUGUUUUAUGAAUUUUGGCUCCAGGGCCUUCAAGUUUUGUGCCAGUUUCUCCCUGUAGUGGGCAUAUGUAAAAUGUCUCAGGGCCAGGAUGCAUAUGUACUUUCUGCAUUUUGUAAAUUGAUAAAACUUGUUAAAAAGAGAAAAUUUAAAUAAAAAGUGCCAUCAAUGAA